GGCCUCUUUCGGGCACGCGGCGAGGUCCCGGAGCCGCCAUGGGCCGCCGGCCGGCGAGAUGUUACCGCUACUGCAAGAACAAACCCUACCCCAAAUCCCGAUUCUGCCGGGGGGUCCCGGACCCAAAAAUCCGAAUUUUCGACCUGGGCCGGAAAAAAGCCAAAGUGGAUGAAUUCCCCCUGUGCGGGCACAUGGUGUCGGAUGAGUACGAGCAGCUGAGCUCCGAAGCGCUGGAGGCCGCCCGGAUCUGCGCUAACAAGUACAUGGUGAAGAGCUGCGGCAAGGACGGCUUCCACAUCCGCGUGCGCCUGCACCCCUUCCACGUCAUCCGCAUCAACAAAAUGCUCUCGUGUGCUGGGGCCGACAGGCUGCAGACCGGGAUGCGUGGCGCCUUCGGGAAGCCGCAGGGCACGGUGGCCCGGGUGCACAUCGGCCAGGUGAUCAUGUCCAUCCGCACCAAGGCGCAGAACAAGGAGCACGUGGUGGAGGCGCUGCGCCGAGCCAAGUUCAAGUUCCCGGGGCGCCAGAAGAUCCACAUCUCCAAGAAAUGGGGGUUCACCAAGUUCAACGCCGACGCCUUCGAGGACAUGGUGGCCCAGAAGCGCCUGAUCCCCGACGGCUGCGGCGUCAAAUACGUCCCUGCCCGGGGCCCGCUGGAGCGCUGGAGGGCCCUGCACGCCUGACACCCCAAAAACGCCCCAAAAUACCCCAAAAAUACCCCAAAAAUACCCCAAAAAUACCCCGGGAACCCCCCAGCGUCCCCAGGGAACCCCAAAAUCUGUGGGGAACCCGAGGGGAUGGGGAGGGACCCCGGGGGGGGGGGGGGGGGGGACAGGAAAUAAAAAGCUUUGAGUUCGGUCUGA